AUGAUUUUAGCAGCAGCUGCAUGUGCUGCAGCUGGAAUCAGUUAUAUACUAAAUGAUGAUGAUGAUGAACAAGUAACACAUACAAAAUAUGAAACAGUUACUGUAUCAUCAACUAUUAUUGAUAAACAAGGAAUUGUUAAAUGUAUUCUCUAUCCAAAACUAAUAAAUCCAUAUUUGUUUAUUAAUCACGAACAAAAAGGCACUAUUACACUUAUAAAUAAAUCGAAAUGCAAUGAAUUUAAAUUGCCUAUAGAUCCUCGUCAACAGAUAAAUAAUUCAACUUUUAAACAAGAACUUUCUCUUAUAUUCUUUUGGUCAAUACCAUUAAAAGCUCGUUUAUUACAAACAUUCACAAAACCAUGUUUAGUUAUUGAAAAUCGAAAUCCUCUUAAACAAAAUCUAAUGCAAAUAAGUGUUGGAAUUCAAAAUAAUAUAAAUCUCUCACAUAUUCCAUCGGAAAUCAUUUUAUCCAAUUAUGAUGAAUAUUCUUAUCAAUUAAAUCGACGAGAAAAUGUAUUUACAUCAAACAAAGAAGAAUGUGAUGCGACAUUAGAUUCAUUAUCAUGUAAUCCAAUGAUAAAUGAUCAUAUUAUUCCAAUUGGUAUACUUAAAAAAACUAAUCAAGAUAGAUUUUGUUGUAAUGAAAUAUUAGAUUUAGAUAGGGAGACUAAAAUGAGAAAUAUGGUAUUGAAAAAUGUAAAUUUAUGUGUGGAAAAUUUAUCAAAAAUUUUAAGUGAAUCAUGUUCAUAUGAUCAAGAACAAUUAACGACAUUAGAAAAUGUUUCUUCAAUUAUUUCAACAACAAAAACUAAUAAUAAACAAAAAUUAUCAAGUAUAGAAGAUAGUUGCGAAAAUGUGUAUUCAAAAUUAUUCAAACAUGAAGAAAAUCAUGAUACUACUCAAUUUCAAUCGAAUAAUCAUCAUAACGAUAUAGAUUUCAAUGAACGGUUAUCUGAUGGUAUAAUUUUACAACGUGGUAAACAAUUUGGUAUAGCAUUAGGUGAACCAAUGAUACGAAAAAAUAAUGAGAAUGAAAAUUUGGAUAUAAAUUCAUCUCAUUCAAUUGAUGAAUUAAAUAGAUUACUAACGAAAACUAAUUGUUUAUUAAUGCAACAAUAUCAAAUUCGAACAAUUGAAGAUCUUAUUCGAUUAUUUCUAGAACAAGGACAAUAUCAUUUUACUGAUUUGAUGAUAAAUAGUUUUAAAGUUGAUCCAUUCAUUGUUGAACAACUCAAUAUAAUACUUUUAAAAUGGGUAAAAACUUUGACUUGA